CGCUCUGACAAGACUCAUGAUGUGCUAUACGAGUGAAGAUCUGUAGAAUGGGAGGAAGCGUUUAUUUCCUCUUCAUGUCACCCUUUGUUUUGACGGGUCUUGUGACACAAACUGGUGGAUCUCACUUUCAGCCGGUUCUUUCUGGACCCAGCCGGGCCUAUCUGAGAUCUCGAGUUCAGUUUCACUGUGAGGUUCCGGGCUGGACUUCACCUCUGACCUAUGAACUCAGAAAAGAUGACGGAUAUCUGAUUGCCACAGAGGUCAACACCACGGUCACAUUCAGCCUAAAGGUCACGGAGGGGUCGAAGGGCAAAUAUUACUGCAGACUGACCACAGGCGGCCAAAGCAACACUGUACACUUACAAGUAGUGAUCCCUGUGCAGGGUGCGAGUUUGAGUUCAGAGCCCGAUCCACCCGUCAUCUACGAGGGAGAACGACUCGUCCUGCGCUGUCUCGUCUCCAGAGGAACACAUCUGUCCUUCAUGUGGUAUCAUAACAGACAGGAAGUGACAUCAUCACCCUCUGAACUCUACCGGCUGUCAGAAAACACACUGACGGUGGACAGGGCAGGUGAACAGCAUGCUGGGAUAUAUUCGUGCACGGCCCAAAACCAAAUGGACGUCAACACAAGAUAUUCCAGCAGCCGAAAUCUGGAAGUCAUUGUGAAGAAAUUCAUCUCGUCGCCCAGAUUGACAUUCACAGUCUUGUGUGACGGAUCUGAUCUGCUGGCUAACAUCAGCUGCGGCGUGGAGCGUGGAAGCCCCCCGCUGACGUUUCUCCUGCUGUUGGACGGGGUGGAGAUUCAAGAGAAGCAGGUCUCUUCACUGAACGCGUGGUUUCUUCAGCCCGUCUCUGUGCGUGGGAAUAUGGGAGCCGCUCGAUGUAAAGCCAAGACAGAAAUACAUCAGCUCAUGUCUGAUCCUGUCAAUCUGGAAGUGGUUCCAGUAGGGGGCGUUGUGCAGGUGAUGGUGACGCACCUCUAUGAUGCUGACGGAGGUGUGACAGCGGCCCGUUUGAGAUGUGUCCCGGCCACAGGAACAUUUCCAGCGUUCUCCUGGUCUCUGAAUCACACAUCUCUACCAGCAGAGGGCGACUCUCACGCUCUCGCCCAACACGGUCAGAUUCUCAUCAUCACACACAUCACCGCGGUGACCGCUGGAUUUUACCGGUGUGCCGUGAGGGACAGUUUUAACCACAACUCAUCAUGGGUGGAGAGUUCAGGAAUCCACAUACAGAAGACAGCAGGUUUCAGAGUCGUGCCCAUGGAGAUCAUGGCAUUGGUUUUCUGUGGGUUCUUGUCCAUGGUGAUAGCUGGAGGAACGUUUUGUCUCCUGUGGAACAGCAGCGGUGGCAUUGAGAAACACCACAGUAACCACGAAGUCCAUCAAACUGAGACGAUAAUAGAUUCAGGACUUCCAGGAGCUGAUGUUUGUCUUGAAACACAAACUAUAGAAAUGAAAACUCUGGUUGUGGAAUUCGAGGUCUAGAGGUCAUUUACUAAAUAAAGUCCCUUCAGUUUGUGUCUGUGUUAAUAAGAACAUGUGUUUGUUUUCCUCUCAUCUCAACAUCUGGAGGGGUGAGAGCAGAUCUCCUCACAUCAGUCACUACAGCAGACACAUCUCACUCAAACCACACGACGGAAGACAAAUCACAGAUGACAUCUCUUUAAUAUCGCAGUUAUUUCUCCUAUGGACGCCAAUGAGAUUAAAUCUAGAACAAAUGGAAACUUUGUCUCAUCUGCGUCUCAGAUGUUUCUCCUGAGAAAAAGAGUCAGAAAGCUCACAAAUGUCUCUGUCAUUGGAGUUUCAGAAGAGAUGUCAACUAGAAUCACUUUGUUAAAGAGGCGUUGUUAUAUUUUAAUUCUGUGACUUCUAUACAUCAAUACAUAUAUUUCUAACAUGUUUCUAGAAAAAUGAUUUUAUCCAUUAAAAAAGCACAUCAGAAACAUGUAUUGAGAUUCCCUCAUUGAACUCUGGAUGUAUGAAUGAAUGAAUGAGGCAUUUAUAUAGCGCUUUAUUGUGUAUUGCUGUACACCCAAAGCGCUUUACAAUCAUCUCUCCUCAACCACCACCAGUGCUUGAUCUAAUGAACCCAAUUAAAGUAAAAAUAGUAUUACAUUUUCAUAGUUACAUUUAAUCAUUUAGCAGACGCUUUUAUCCAAAGCGACCUACAAAGAGUUCAGUGA